AUGAGUAAUGUAGAGAAGAAGGAGGCUUUAAGGAGAAUGUUAGAGAAUGAUGAAGAAACUGAUAAAGAUCCUUCUUCUGCUGAUCUGAGAAAGAAACGUGGCAGAAAGAAAAAAGUGAAGAUGGAAACAGAAAAUGUUGUGAAGAAGAAAGAAAAACGUGGUAGGAAAAGGAAGACAACAAUUUCUGAUGAAAAUAAUGCUGCCAAAGAGAAGAAGAAGAAGAAGAAGAAGAAGAAGAAAGAAAAUUGUGGUAGGAAGAGAGAGAUAAUAUUUAGUUCUGAAGCUGUAAAAAAGGAGGAAAAUGGUGGUUUUGUGAAGAAGGAGAAGAAGGAGACUAGGAACAAGAAAGAAAGCAACAAUGAUCAUGACAUUGAAGCUUCCAAGUAUAUGCUGGAAUACCUUCUUCCAUAUUUAAGACAAUUAGAUCUAGAACAAAUGGCUGAGAUGGAAAUAGAAGCCAGACUACAAGGGCUCUCAUCACUCUCUGAGCUAAAGAUAAAAGGAGCAUAUUGCUCUAAAGAUGAGUGUGCUUACUGUGACAACUGCCAGAGCUCGAUAUUUGACUACCACCGAAGUUGUGCAAAAUGCUCUUUUGACCUUUGUCUUCGCUGUUGCUAUGAGCUUCGUCGUGGGGAGCUUCAUGGUGAUACUGGUCCAAUUGAGUUUGAGUUAAUCAACCGAGGGCAAGAUUAUCUGCAUGGUGAGAUAAUAAUCGGAGAAAAUGAAUCUCAUACUGCCGCCCAGCCUGAGAUUCUGGAACGGUCAAAAUCUGAGUGGCAUGUAGGCAGUGAUGGUAACAUUCGCUGUCCAAAAGCCAAUAAUGAAGAUGAUCAUGGUUUCCUUGAGCUGAGACGAAUGUUACCGCCAAAUUGCAUCUCUGAGUUGGUAUGUAAAGCAAAACAACUUAAAGAAGCCGUUAAUCUCGAAGAUAUCGAGGAGUCUCUUGAUAAUGUUUGCUCUUGUUUGAAACCUGUUAAGAAGGAAGAUAAUAUACUGAAUAACACAGGGAAGGCGGCUUUUUGUGAAGAUUCCAGUGAAAACUUUUUAUACUGUCCUAAGGCUAUUGAUCUACAUAAUCACGAGAAGGAUUUAAGACAUUUUCAAUGGCACUGGAGAAAAGGUGAGCCUGUAAUUGUCAACAACGUUCUUGAAUCAAGUACAUCUGGUUUAAGCUGGGAACCGAUUCUCGCGUGGCGUGCAUUUCAUCAGAUAAGUGAUACCAAUGACAAUUCACUUUCGAAUGUGAAGGCAAUUGAUUGCUUAAAUUGGUGCCAGGGAGAUAUUAAAGUGGAUGAUUUCUUUACUGGGUAUACAAAUGGUCGCAAGGAUAAGCUUGAUUGGCCUCAGCUAUUGAAAUUGAAUGAUCGGCCUCCUUAUUUAUUCGAGAAAAAUUUGCCUCGCCAUUGCACCAAGUUCAUAUCCUCCUUGCCAUAUAAAGAAUAUACAGAUCCUUUCAAAGGGGAUCUUAACCUUGCUGCGAAGCUGCCUGAUAAUGUUCACGUGGGACCAAAAACAUAUAUUGCUUAUGGAUUUCAUCAGGAGCUUGGGCGGGGUGAUUCUGUGACUAAGCUACAUUGUGAUAUGUCUGAUGUAGUAAAUGUGUUGACUCAUGUUGCUAAAGUGGAACUGGAAACUGUGAGCAUUACUGCAAUUAAAAAAUUAACAGAAAAGCACCUUGAGCAAGACAAGAGGGAGCUACAUGGUGAUAAUCAAGAUGGAGAGACCAAUGUUGACAGGCUUGAUAAUCGGUCUUCUUCCGUAAUUGCUUCAGAUGAGAAAAAUAGCGUUGAUGUCGUGGAAAAUGGAAGUGGAUUGUGUGAUGCGAAGGUGGUUGAUUCAGUUCAUCAAGAAAAUAGUUUAGAUGGUGCUCACUGGGAUAUUUUUCGGAGAGAGGAUGUGCCGAAAUUGAAGGAAUAUCUGAAGAAGCAUUCUGGAGAGUUCAGGCAUAUCUAUUGUUCUCCUUUAAAGCAGGUUAUUCACCCCAUCCAUGAUCAGACGUUUUAUCUUACUAACAAUCAUAAGAAGAGGCUUAAAGAGGAGUAUGGAAUUGAGCCGUGGAGUUUUGUUCAGAAGCUAGGAGAUGCUGUUUUCAUUCCAGCUGGUUGUCCACAUCAAGUCAGAAAUCUGAAGUCGUGCACCAAGGUUGCACUUGAUUUUGUCUCUCCUGAAAAUGUCGGUGAAUGCUUCCGUUUGACAGAGGAAAUCCGUAAACUUCCAGUAAAUCACUAUUUCACAGAGGACAAAUUGCAGGUGAAGAAAAUGAUUAUACAUGCUAUGCUUGAUGUGGUAGAAAAGUUGGAGAAGGCAAGGUCUGAGGAAACCGAUGUUCCUUCGUAAUGUACCUGUGAGAGAUUGGAAACUUUUGUAAGUUGCUUAGUAUAUAAGGUGUGGUGAUCUUCAGUUCUUUGUAUUGCAACUGUAGGAAAUGUUCUGUAAUUUGUUCUAUCUGGCACACCUUGAUGAUAUUAUGUGGAAUUAUUGUAUAACUUCUCAUAUCACCAUACAUAGUGUGCUUAUUCUUGUGAUGGUUAGAUUUAUUGA